AUGGAUGAUGACAGCCAGGACGAGCUGAUCAACAAGAACGCGGCGCUGGGCAGGGGCAGGAGGCAGAGCCUUGCGUUCCUCAGCGAAACAGAAAGCGAUGAUGGCAAUAGCUGUGAGUCAGAAGAUGAUACUGGAAGCGAGGAGGAGGAAGAUGACACUGUGGAAGAGGGAGGUGAGGAGGACAAGGAGGAAAGUGAAGAUGAAGAAUUAGAAGAUGGCGAAGACGACGACGAAGAAGAGGAGGAAGAAACCGAGUCCAGCGCGGUGGGGGCGGCCGAUUCGCUGCAAUUAGAGCCCCGCGCCAAACGAGCGAGCGUCUCCUCCGACGAGGACGGUGAAAACUGCCCCAUUUGCCUCCAUACGUUUCGGGAUCAGGUCGUUGGCACGCCCGAGAACUGCUCCCACUACUUCUGCUUGGACUGCAUCGUGGAGUGGUCCAAGAACUCUAACUCCUGUCCGGUGGAUCGAAUCCUCUUUAAGUACAUUAACAUUCGGGCGCAUUUUGGUGGUAAAAUCUUAGAGAAGAUUCCUGUCAAGGACACGAAAACUCAGGGUAACGACGGAGAGGACGAUCCGACCUUCUGCGAGGUGUGCGGCAGGAGCGACCGCGAGGAUCGCCUGCUGCUGUGCGACAGCUGCGACGCAGGGUAUCACCUGGAAUGCCUUAAUCCACCUCUGAACGAAGUCCCUGUGGAUGAGUGGUUCUGCCCCGCCUGUGCCCCCCUGGAUACGGAUCAUGUCAGUGAAGAGGAGCUUGCUGCUCUCAUGGCUGACGUCGUUCCGACCACCAGCAGGCUGCGUCCUCACGUCCGCACCCGCGCCAUCGCCAGGACUCGGCAGAGCGAGCGAGUUCGGGCCACGGUGAACAGAAACCGAAUGACAGCGCAACAAAUUCGUAUUGAGGGGUAUUUGCUGAAAAGCCUCACGGAAGAGUUGAAAUAA